AUGUCGAACUCAAGAGAAGAUCGUUAUUAUGCUAGUCUUGGUAAAACAGGGAAGAGUCCACCGCUUGGGGAUCAAGCACCAGGUUUCUUUCAAACUGGACAGGGUGGGCGAACAGUGCUCCCUCCUCUUUCAUCUGCAUUUCCAAGCUCACAUCUUCCAGCUUCCACUUAUCCUAAUCAAUAUACGCAACCUCGUUCCAUGCCAACUCGGUACGACUACAAUCAUGCCCUUUACAAUCAAUGGCCGGGCAACAAUCAAUCAUCGGCGCAUAUGAAUUAUGCUUAUUAUGACACGACCGAUAAUCGCUAUGCUUCAAACUACUAUUCAGCCUACCCUUCGUCUCGGACUUCACCAGCACCUGAACAUAGUGAUUCGAGGAAACUUCCUCCUUUAACUACCACCUCAGGCCUUGGACGAGAUGAUCGGUGGUCUUCCAACACCGCUUCAUACUCUGUUGGUCCAGCCGAGAAUCCCUCAUAUUCCGGAAUUCGCAGUCCCACUGCAUCAUAUCCCCCAUCGUUCGCUGCUUAUCCGACACCAAACUCGACGAAUAAUUAUGGAAAUCCUGUACCAAUGACUGACGCACAUACUCAGUCACAUAUACAUGCGGCCAGUCACGCGUCAAUGAUGCUACCCGAAAGUCAUCGUCCAGUCACUCCUUCGUAUGCACCGAGUGGUCUGCAAAUCCCCCCGUCAUAUACACCACCACCUGUUUCGCCUACCACAGGAACCGCCAACGAGCCUCUGAUCAAGAAAAAACGCAAACGUGCUGACGCCAGCCAAUUAAGAGUUCUGAACGAUACUUAUGCUCGAACAGCGUUUCCGUCCACAGAGGAACGCCAGGCCCUUGCUAAACUAUUGGACAUGUUUCAGAAUAAAAGGCAGUCUAUGCGUCAGACUCAGACUCGGCAGUCUUCUUCUUCAGGGACCACUCUCCACCAAUCUUUUGGCGUAUCCAAUCCAAACGAGUACGAUGCAAGUGGAUAUGAAUCCACUGGUAUCCAUGUGCCUAGCUCUACUUAUGUGUCCCGCACAUCACAGGAAAGUCACACUUCUUCAGUGCUUAGUCCUACCGUCUCGCAUCGACGUCCCCGUAGUCAAGACUCCGUUUCGAACGAUACCGCUGGUACAAAACCACAGCAGUGGUCGCCGAGGUACUAG